AGGAUGUUUGAUGUGGGAGGACAGAGAUCUGAGAGGAAAAAGUGGAUUCACUGCUUUGAAGGAGUGACCUGCAUUAUAUUCUGUGCAGCCCUUAGUGCCUAUGACAUGGUCCUGGUGGAAGAUGAGGAAGUGAAUAGAAUGCAUGAAAGCCUUCAUCUCUUCAGCAGCAUCUGUAAUCACAAAUACUUUGCUACCACUUCUAUUGUGCUAUUUCUCAAUAAGAAAGAUCUCUUCCAAGAAAAAAUCACCAAAGUCCACCUCCACGUCUGCUUUCCAGAAUAUGAUGGACCAAACACUUUUGAAGAUGCAGGAAAUUACAUCAAGAAGCAAUUUUUAGACCUGAACAUCAAAAAAGAAGAUAAGGAGAUCUACUCCCACAUGACUUGUGCAACAGACACUCAGAAUGUUAAGUUUGUGUUCGAUGCUGUUACAGAUAUAAUCAUCAAAGAGAACCUCAAAGACUGUGGACUCUUUUAGCUCUUCACCUGAUACUUCCUACAUAGUUUUUCCUUUUCUUCCCAGUCUCUUUUUCAUCUCUUGAAUUUUUCUAGUUAACAGGUUGCCAUCAUAUGUAACCUUUUUAGCAAGUAAGCCUUACCAGGGCUUAUUUCAGAGUUAAUGUUGUAGAUUGAAGGUGAAAAUAAAUGAAUGGGUAAUAAUAGGGCUACCACAUCUGGGCUGCAAAAUUCCAGAUAACCACUAGAUGACAGCAAAGAGAUACAGAAAACUAAUGUUGCCGUUUAGUGAUCAUUUCAGCAUUUGUAGCCAUGUUAAGUAAUCCAAGAAACAACAAAAGUGAUGAAAAAUAGUUAGUAACUUUAGUCAUAGCAGAGUUUGAUAUCACCAGAUAUGAUACAGAAACUCUAAUGAAUGCAUAAUUACUCACCUUCUUUUCUUUCUCUUCUUUGGGCCACUGAAUCUUAAAUAUAUCUGCAACCAGAAAUUUUGACCUUGAUGAGAAUAUGUUUGAUCUGAUCCUACUGUAAUCUCUUUCUCAACCCAGAUCUAUGGAUUUCUACUGAGAGAAACCUACACACUUGCUAAUGCUUGACAUUCCUGUCAAACUUUCCCUAGACUUAAAUGUUAUUUGGAUCAUGAUGAUCUGUUUUCCACAGCUCCUGGAAACAAAACCACAACUUUCUAUCAGUUUUGUUAGGCAUGAUAAUUUCUACCACUAGUACUAGAACAUAUAUGAUAGCAUCAGUGGGAUUGAUAAAAGGGAUUAAUAAAUGACAUUCAAGAAAAUUCCUAUCGAUUGCAACAUCAGCCUGUUGCUCUCUCCCCAUCCAGAAAGAUCUGCAUCUGAAAACUCCUUUA